GGGCAGCCAGGCUGCGCUCUAUCCUCACUGCUGCUUGGGCUUGGCUGAGCCGGGAGAAGCAGCAUUCUCUAGGGACUGAAGCCUUCUCAAGUGGGAUCAAAAAUGAGUGUGAGGAGAAUACUCAUCCCGGGCUCUGUGUGAAUUUGGGCUCCUCAGCACCUGUUGCCUUCAUUAGCAGCUUUUCCUCCUCUUCCCUGCACUCCCCAGAACCAAAGAAUGUGAAGGGGGUCCAUGGAGGGCUCACGUCCCCGCGCCCCAGGCGGCCACUUAGCGCCGUCACCACCAGCCUUCGAAGGCGAGCUGGAUCUGCAGCGCUACUCAAACGGGCCAGGCGUGAGCGCGGGGUCGCCCGGGAUGGGAGCGGUGGGCUGGUCUGAAAGUCGUGCGGGCGAACGGCGCUUCCCUUGCCCUGUGUGUGGAAAGCGCUUCCGCUUCAACUCCAUCCUGGCUUUGCACCUGCGGGCGCACCCAGGCGCCCAGGCCUUCCAGUGCCCGCACUGCGGUCACCGCGCGGCACAGCGGGCUCUGUUGCGCUCGCAUCUGCGCACGCACCAGCCCGAGCGCCCACGCAGCCCCGCCGCACGCCUGUUGAUGGAAUUGGAGGAGCGCGCGCUGCUGCGCGAGGCCCGGCAGGGGAGAGCCCGCAGCUCAGGGGCCGUGCAGGCCGCUCCUACCGCUGAGGGUCUGGCGCGGCCUCAGGGCCCGUCGCCAUCCGCCUUCCGUUGCCCCUUCUGCAAAGGCAAGUUUCGCACCUCUGCGGAGCGGGAACGCCACCUGCACAUCUUGCACAGGCCUUGGAAGUGUGGCCUGUGCAGUUUCGGUUCCAGCCACGAGGAGGAGCUGCUGCACCACAGCCUGACAGCCCACGGCGCUCCGGAGCGCCCCCUGGCGGCCACCUCCGCUGCACCCCAGCCUCAACCUCCGCCCCAGCCCGAACCCAGAUCUGUGCCGGAGCCAGAGCCCGAGCCCGAACGCGAGGCCACUCCGGCUCCUGUUCCUGCUGCUCCUGAGGAGCCGCCCGCGCCUCCAGAGUUCCGCUGCCAGGUGUGCGGCCAGAGCUUUACACAGUCCUGGUUUCUCAAGGGGCACAUGCGCAAGCACAAGGCCUCAUUCGACCACGCGUGUCCCGUGUGUGGCCGCUGCUUCAAGGAGCCCUGGUUCCUUAAGAACCACAUGAAGGUGCACGCCAGCAAGCUGGGCCCUCUGCGUGCCCCGGGGCCUGGCUCGGCGCCUGCCCGCGCCCCCCAGCCUCCUGACCUGGGCCUGCUGGCCUAUGAGCCGCUGGGCCCUGCACUGCUCUUGGCCCCGGCGCCUACCCCGGCCGAACGCCGUGAGCCCCCAAGCCUCUUGGGCUACUUGAGCCUGCGUGCCGGCGAGGCCCGGCCCAACGGUGAAGGCGCUGAACCUGGGGCCAGCCGCAGCUUCGGUGGCUUCCGCCCGCUGCCCUCUGCUCUCCCGGCCCGAGCUCGCCGGCACCGUGCGGAAGAGCAGGAAGAGGAGGAGGAGGUGGUGGAGACCGAGGAGGAAACCUGGGCCCGGGGCAGGUCGCUGGCCCCUCUGGCUUCUGUGCACCCGCGUGCGGGCGAGGGGCCGGGGCACUCCGCACCUGCCGCGGGCACGCAGGCGAGACCGACGGGCACGCAGGAGGAAAACGGGCUGUUGGUUGGAGGGACCCGGCCUGAAGGGGGCCGGGGGGCCACCGGCAAGGAUUGUCCCUUCUGCGGAAAGUCUUUCCGCUCGGCGCAUCACCUCAAGGUGCAUCUGCGAGUGCACACAGGUGAGCGCCCCUACAAGUGUCCGCACUGUGACUACGCGGGCACCCAGUCGGGCUCGCUCAAGUAUCACCUGCAGCGCCACCACCGGGAGCAGAGGAGCGGGGCAGGCCCCGGGCCACCCCCGGAGCCGCCGCCCCCUUCCCAGCGGGGUUCGGCCCCACCAUCUGGAACCAAGCAGGCGCAGCAGCCUUCGACCUGGGUGGAGGGCGCCGCAAGUCCCCGGCCUCCGAGCGGUCCCGGGCCCGGGUCCCGUCGGAAGCCCGCCAGCCCCGGGAGGACCCUGCGCAACGGGCGAGGCGGUGAGGCCGAACCCCUGGACCUGUCCCUGCGGGCGGGGCCGGGGAGCGAGGCCGGGCCGGGGGGCGCCCUCCACCGCUGCCUCUUCUGCCCCUUUGCCACUGGAGCCGCUGAGCUCAUGGCCUUGCACCUGCAGGUGCACCACAGCCGCCGGGCCCGCGGCCGCCGGCCGCCCCAGGCGGACGCGUCUCCACCCUAUGCCCGUGCGCCCUCAGGAGAGACCCCUCCAAGCCCCCCGCUGGAGGGGGAGGAGGGCCCCGGGCUGUCGAGGUCCGGAGAGGCAGGGCUGGGGGGACAAGAGCGGUAGGGAGCCCUCGUAGGGGUGAGUAGCAGUAGUGAGCUCACCCCGCGGGAGCGGGGGAGCGCUAGAGGUAGUUGGGUAGAGCAGCCAGCAGGGGGCAGCGUGGGACCCAUAUCCCAGCCCCAGGCGGACCGGAGGUGGAGGGGGCAGCGGGCAGAGGAGGGUGGGCAGGCUGAACCCAUCCAGCCCAGGGGAGUCACAGUGCCUUAGACGUGGCAGAGGUGAGGGUCAAAGAACGGGGUCCCAGGACAGGCAGAGAAGGGCGUGUCCCUGGCGAGGCGCCGCUCUGCCAGUCUUUGCUGGUCCAUAGGCGUGAGAGUCUAUUUUUGUAUAAGGGUUGGGGGUGGGGGGCACUGUACCCUUCUAGCCCCGGCGGGGCCGUGUAGACGUUGCUAUUUUUGGUACGAUUCCUGUCAUCCCUGUCUCAGAGUCGUGUCCCCAAUAAACAGGUGUCUUGAGGCACAGA